AUAUAUGAUUGGCGCGUGCGCAAUGUUAAUUGUACAAGAAGUGCGACUUGUCAACAUUUUAGGCUAAACAACGAUGUAUAAGUAUGAUGAUGGGUGAUCAGUUUCGUAAGGUUGAACAAUAUUCGCCGAAAUCUUCACCGAGAGGGGCGAGAUCCCCAGUUGUUUCACGCCAGGAUUCAACGGGAACAUUAAAAACGACCAUUCUAUUGGGAAAAAAUCCUUCCAUUGUCCCCAGUGGACCUUUCUAUUUGAUGAAGGAACCUCCAGGGGACUCAGAACUGACUGGAGCUACGAAUUUGAUGGCCUAUUAUGGCCUUGAACAUUCUUAUAGUAAAUUUAGUGGCAAAAAAUUAAAAGAGCAGCUAUCAAGCUUCCUUCCAACCCUUCCGGGUGUUAUCGAUACUCCAGGACAAAACGAUAAUAGUUCAUUGAGGUCUGUCAUUGAAAAACCUCCAAUCGGAGGAAAAGAAUUGUUACCAUUAACCAGUGUACAAUUAGAUGGUUUUCGAUUACAUCCAGGACCUCUCCCUGAACAAUUUAGGUACGCAAAUCAGACCCCAAUAAAGAAACACAAGAAUAAACAUAAAAAGCACAAGUACAAAGACGGUAGCAUACCAAGUCAAGAAACCCCCAUUACGGAAAUCGGCCAGGACACUCACGAAAAGAAACAUAAGAAACAAAAAAGACACGACGAGGAUAAGGAACGAAAGAAGCGAAAAAAGGAGAAGAAACGUAAAAAACAGAAACAUAGUCCUGAACAUAGCGGCGGCUUGACCCCUAGCCAACACUCAAAUUCUUGAAUUAUAUAUUUUUAAAUGUACAAAUCGUUUUUAUUUAUGUUUAAUUCACACUAUUGUAUCAUAA